UAAAUAUUUUUACACUUUAUUUCAAACUUUCGGAUUAGGCGGACCUGAUAGCAAUGAUAUAGAGUAGAGUAACAGAAAUUUUGUUCAUACAUGCAAUGAGCCUGUUAGUUGUGGUAGCCAUUGAUUUUGGGACAACAUACUCAGGAUGGGCGUUUUCAUACAAGACUGACUAUGAUCGAGAUCCUCUGAAGAUAACACCAAAGACUACUCCACACUCAACUUUAUCCCUUAAAGUUCCAACGUGCAUUCUUAUAAAUUCUGAUGGAAAAACGCCACAUUCUUUCGGCUAUGAUGCUGAGGACAAUUAUGCUGAAAUAUGCGAGCAGAGGAAACAACACCAGUGGUUCUUCUUCAGAAGAUUUAAAAUGACGCUUUUUAGAGUAAAGGGCAUGACAAGAUGUGAUAUACUAGAAGAUGAGACUGGUAAGAAACUUCCGGCAAUGAGGGUUUUCUCGCUUGCUAUUGAUUUCUUAAGAAAGGAUGUCCUUGAUACUCUGAGCCGUCAUGUUGAUACAAAAAAUUUUGAAUCUGAUAUACACUGGGUUCUUACUGUUCCAGCAAUAUGGAACGAUGCAGCUAAACAGUUUAUGAGGGAGGCAGCACAACAGGCUGGGAUUCCAGGAAAGAACCUUCGUUUAUGUCUUGAACCUGAAGCCGCAUCAAUUUAUUGUCGUCAUCUUCCGGUGACAAAGAAUACCAAGCAAGAAGUUGCAUCUAUUUCCCAGUUGUCAUCAGGAACAAAGUAUCUCGUCCUUGACGCAGGAGGCGGAACAGUUGAUAUAACUGUACAUGAAGUAACUGACGAUGGAAACUUGAAGGAACUCCAUAAAGCAAGCGGUGGUGCAUGGGGAGGAACUCAAGUAGAUCUAGCAUUUGAAGCGUUUCUAUCAAGUAUUGUGGGACCGGUUGUCAUCUCAAAAUUCAGAAGUCUACAUUUAGAGGACUACAUUGAAUUUUUUCGUGAAUUUGAAAGCAAAAAACGCAAACCUAUUCAAUCUACAAGAUCCGUGACUAUCCGUUUCCCUGCUAUCCUGUCUGACUUAUGUCAUGAAUUCACAGAAACGGAUUUAAGGGAAUUAGUACGACAGUCUAGAUUUGAAAGCAAAGUCCAGGUUUUAAAAGAUAAGUUUAGAAUCGAUGGUGAUGUCUUCAAUGAGUUUUUUGAACCAACCGUUCGCAAAAUAAUAAGUCAUGUUGAAAAUAUAUUGACAAAAUCCUCAGUUGAUAGUUGUGAUGCCAUUCUAAUGGUUGGUGGAUUUUCUGAAUCAUCGGUGUUGCAAGUGAAUGUUAAGUCAACAUUCAAACACCUGAAAGUAAUCGUUCCAGACGAAGCAGGAUUAGCAGUCUUAAAAGGAGCUGUCAUCUUUGGUCACAAACCCACAGCAAUAACUGAAAGGGUGUGCAAGUUAACAUACGGGGAGAAAAUAACUCAUAGAUACAGAGAAAGCUGCAAACAUGCAAAAGGAAGAGUUGAAAAGGAUGAUAAUGGUGACUUACGAUGUUAUGAUAUCUUUGAAACUCAUGUUAAAGCAGGGCAGUCCGUCAAGGUGGAUGAAGAACAACCAGAAAUGAUCAGCACACCUAUUACCGAUAAUCAAACUGCUAUUAAUGUCAAUGUGUAUGCAUCCUCUACAACUAAUCCGCAACUUACAACGGAAGAUGGAUGUAAGCGCAUUGGAACAUUAACAGUGCCUAUUUCUGACACAAGUUCUGGAAGAAAACAUGAAUUUGGAACAAGUUUUAUUUUUGGAGGGACCGAUAUUGUUGUAAAAGUCGUUGACAAGGAAUCUGGUGAAAUUAUGCUAAAAUCUGUCGAUUUCCUUGGUUAGAAUAUAACCAAACAAAAUCAGAACACUUGAACAGACAUAUAUAGCUUUUAUUGUUUAAUUUGUUGAGUAAGAUCAAUCAUAUAUACUGGAUACAUGUAGCAUAAUUAUUGUUUUGUUUUAUAGCUUGAAGCACAUUGCGUUAAUAUCACAAUUCUUUCAUAAUAUUGCUUAAGAUUGCUUUUUGUAUAUUAUAUAUCUUAAUUUUGUAAAGCAUUGUCGUGGACGAUAAACAUUUUGAUGGCAUUUGAAUGCGACAUCUAUGAGUCUUACUAUAACUAUAAUUAUUCUUAUUAUCAUACUUGUAAGUUAGAAAAUGCACUGAAUGGUUAAAAAAUUAUGUAUGUACUAAAUGAUUACAUUAUUUUAACUCUUAAAUUGCUAUAAUUAUUUAGUUAAAGCUUAAGAUCAGAAUUUCUGUCUGAAUGAUUUUUCCAUUAGUAUGAUUGAAUUGUAUUCAACAUUUGCUUAUGUACUAGAGUAUAUGCUUUCAUUUUAAGUCUUAUAUUAUGUAUUAAUCAGGAGUGCAAACUAACACAAAUUAUCUAUCAAUUUAUUAUUAUGUGUAGUGAAUAAAAGCAAAAUAA